CGCCGCCCCCGGAGGCUACUUCGAGACUCCUUUUAAUUUUGGCAUGAAUCAUAGAACACCACCGUAUCCUGCCGGGGAUUAUUGUCUUCUGUGCAGAAGUGAGCGGAAGGACUCUUCAUUCUUAGAGAGUGGAAUUAAGACUGCGAGCAAAUUGGCCCUCUCCAUGGCUCCCAAGGGCAACAGCGUGCUGCACCUGCCCCUGUGGGUGUGCCCGGACUGCCGGCGGACUGUGGAGAAGGAGGAGCGGCACAGCAGCCUUGACCAGCCGUCGGGCCAAGACUUUCUUCUUCACUCCCCUCUUGGCGGGUCCCAGCCGGAGGCAGGCGGCGGGAGGCUAGCCCUUGGUGCGCAGACGCUGCCCUCGGCGGGGCUGGGCGCUGCCCCCUCAGACUCCUCGUGUGCCUGUGAGGCCUGCAGCGAGCGCAGAGAGAUUUCAGCAGAGACGGACCGUGAACCUCAGCAGCUGCAGAACUACUGGUCAGAAGUGCGCUACACGGUCCGCUGCAUUUACCGCCAGGCGGGGACCCCGCUGGCCGACGACCAAGACCAGAGCCUCGUGCCCGACAAGGAGGGGGUGAAGGAGCUCGUGGAUAGGCUCUGCGAAAGGGACCCCUACCAGCUGUACCAGCGGCUGGAACAACAAGCCAGAGAGUAUGUGCUGGAGAUGAAGGUCCGACUGCUCCGGCAGCUGUCGGCGGCGUCCAAGGUGAAGGCGCCGUCCGCCCUGCAGGGCCCUCCACAGGCUCACCAGUUCAUCUCUCUCCUCCUCGAGGAGUACGGUGCCCUCUGCCAGGCGGCACGCACGAUCAGCACCUUCCUGGGCACGCUGGAAAAUGAACACUUGAAAAAGUUCCAGGUGACAUGGGAACUGCAUAAUAAGCAUCUGUUUGAAAAUCUGGUCUUUUCGGAGCCACUUCUUCAGAGCAACUUGCCAGCACUGGUGUCACAGAUCAGGCUGGGAACCACGACACAUGACACGUGCAACGAGGACACAUACAGCACCUUACUGCAGCGGUACCAGCGCUCCGAGGAGGAGUUGCGCAGGGUGGCCGAGGAGUGGCUGGAAUGCCAGCAGAGGAUUGAUGCUUACGUCGACGAGCAGAUGACAAUGAAAACCAAACAGCGCAUCCUGACAGAGGACUGGGAGCUUUUCAAACAGAGGCGAUUCAUUGAGGAGCAGCUAACCAACAAGAAGGCAGUCACUGGCGAGAACAACUUCACGGAUGCCAUGAGGCACAUGCUGUCGUCCCGGCUCAGCAUGCCCGACUGCCCCAACUGUAACUACAGGAGAAGAUGUGCUUGUGAUGACUGCAGCCUCUCACACAUCCUCACUUGUGGUGUUAUGGACCCCCCCGUCACUGGCGACAUCCACAGUCACCAGCUGCCCCUCCAAGUGGAUUCUGCUCCUGACUAUCUCUCUGAGAUGCGUCCACCUAGCGUGUCCUCAGCAAGCUCAGGGUCAGGCUCCAGCUCUCCCAUUACAAUUCAGCAACAUCCCAGACUCAUCCUCACAGACAGUGGCUCUGCACCAACUUUUUGUAGUGACGAUGAAGACGUUGCACCGUUGUCAGCUAAAUUUGCUGAUAUUUAUCCACUGAGUAACUACGAUGAUACCGAGGUGGUGGCCAGUAUGAAUGGAAUCCACAGCGAGCUGAACGGUGGCGGGGAAAACAUGGCCCUGAAAGAUGAGUCCCCUCAGGUAAGCAGUACCAGCAGCAGCUCUUCAGAGGCCGACGACGAGGAGGCAGAUGGCGAGAGCAGUGGGGAGCCGCCGGGAGCCCCAGAGCAAGAUGGAGCUCUAGGCAGUGGGAGUCCCAGGAAUGAGGAGAGGAAAGCGGACAGUCCACCCCCGUCUUACCCUACUCAGCAGGCUGAACAAGCUGCAAACGCUUGUGAAUGUCAUGUUUGUAAGCAAGAAGCUUCCGGACUGACGGCAUCAGCGAUGACCGCAGGAGCCCUUCCCCCAGGCCAUCAGUUCCUAAGCCCCGAGAAGCCCACACACCCUGCCCUGCAUCUGUACCCCCACAUCCAUGGACAUGUGCCUCUGCACGCCGUCCCGCACCUGCCCCGCCCUCUCAUCCACCCCACCUUGUAUACGGCGCCCCCCUUCGCACACAGUAAGGGUUUACCGCCAGCCCCUGUUCCGAAUCCCGCAAACAAGCAUCAGGUAUUCAACGCGUCUCUUCAAGACCAUAUUUAUCCGAGCUGUUUUGGGAACACUCCAGAGUGGAACAGUUCUAAGUUUAUAAGUCUUUGGGGAUCAGAAGUGAUGAAUGAUAAGAACUGGAAUCCUGGCACUUUCUUGCCAGAUACAGUUUCUGGGAGUGACAUACUAGGACCAACACUCUCAGAAACAAGACCCGAAGCCCUUCCACCCCCAUCUAGUGGUGAAACGCCUGUGGUUUCUGAGAGCAAGGAGAAAAAAAAUGCUGCGAAAAAGAAAUGCUUGUACAAUUUCCAAGAUGCUUUCAUGGAAGUGAACAAAGUCGUGAUGGCCACAUCGUCAGCCACGUCCUCCGUGUCUUGCACGGCCACCACAGUGCAGUCCAGCAACAGCCAAUUCAAAGUGUCAUCCAAAAGGCCUCCUUCCAUAGGUGAGGUGUUCCACGGCGUCAGCAAGGAGGAUCCCCGACACGCGGUGCCGGCCGCCCCAAGGAACAGCCCCACAGGCCUGGCGCCACUUCCUGUGCUUGGCCCAGCCUCCUCGCCGCAUCUGGCUGGACUCGCAGCCCCCGCCUUCCCCAGCAGUGCCGCCGCGUCCCCAGGCUUCGUGGAGCCUCGCAAGAGCUUUUGUCCGGCCCCAGGAGCCCCCCCGCCCCCCACGACCGAUGGCCCCCUCAGCGCCCCUCCCAGCGUGUGCAGCGACCCUGACUGCGAGGGCCACCGCUGCGAGAAUGGCGUGUACGACCCGCAGCAGGACGACGGGGAUGAGAGUGCGGACGAGGACAGCUGCUCCGAGCACAGCUCCAGCACCUCCACCUCCACCAACCAGAAGGAGGGCAAGUACUGUGACUGCUGCUACUGUGAGUUCUUCGGGCACGGCGGGCCUCCGGCCGCGCCGACAAGUAGAAACUACGCAGAGAUGAGGGAGAAGCUUCGUUUGCGGCUGACCAAGAGGAAGGAAGAGCAGCCUAAAAAGGCAGACCAGCUCUCGGACAGAGAGAGUGUGGUUGACCAUCGAAGGGUGGAGGACCUACUGCAGUUCAUCAACAGCUCGGAGACCAAGCCUGUGAGCAGCACUCGAGCCGCCAAGCGAGCCAGACACAAGCAGAGGAAGCUGGAGGAGAAGGCUCGCUUGGAAGCAGAGGCCCGGGCCCGGGGGCACCUCCACCUCCGUGAGGAGCAGAGGCAGCAGGAGGAGGAGGAGGAAUUUCAGCGGCUUCAGGAGCUUCAGAAGCUGAGGGCCGUGAAAAAGAAGAAGAAGGAGAGGCCAAGUAAAGACUGUCCCAAGUUGGACAUGCUUGCUAGAAACUUCCAGGCAGCAGCAGAGUCUGUAUCUAACUCUGAAAACAUGCACAAUGGCUCACUAGAGCAAACGGAAGAACCGGAAACCUCAUCUCACUCUCCUGCCAGACAUGGGGACCACACAGAGCCCAGGCCGGGGCCUGGGGCUGACGGGGACGCUGCCAGCCCCGUGGACUCCAGGGACUCCAGGCUCCUCCUCCCAAAAGAGGUCAGUGCAAAGCAACAGGAGCCGCUGUCUUUUCUCCUUGACAUGGUGCAUCAGCACAAAGAAGGGAGCGGCAAGCAGAAGCUCAAGCAGACCAGCAAGGCCAGCAGCGAGCCGGCGAGGAAGCCGGCCGAGCCUCCCAGAGUCUCCGAGGGCCAUCCCAGACCCCGGCCCCAGACUGAGUCGAAGGCGAAAGUGCUUGACCUCACUUCCCUGGCGGAGCAGAAAAGGGAGGAGAGAAAAGUGAACAGUAACAACAAUAACAAAAAGCAGCUGAACCACGUCAAGGAAGAACGGUUGAAUCCAGCCCCCCCAGAGCCCGCCUCCCCCAGUGAACACCCUCAGGACAGCAAGCUGGUGCCUGUGGACUCUCCGCAGCCCAAGGGCAAGGGCAAGAAAAACAGGAAGAAGAAAGGAGACAGAGUCAGCAGUUCAAUCGAUGAUGUCUUUCUGCCUAAAGAUAUCGACCUAGACAGUGUGGAUAUGGAUGAGACAGAGAGGGAAGUGGAAUAUUUCAAAAGAUUCUGUUUGGAUUCCGCUAGACAGACCCGACAAAGACUAUCCAUCAACUGGUCCAAUUUUAGCUUGAAAAAAGCCACUUUUGCUGCCCACUGAAUGAGGACCACCUGGAGAGGGACGCGCGGAAGGUGGGCCAGGCCCCGGAGCUGCUGUGCUUGCCCAGGGCUGUGCCGGGUGGGCCACCGCACCUGAUGCCCCCAGACCGAGAACUCGCCGCUCGGCCUGUGUCAGUGGCUCGUGUGCGUGUAUCUGUGAGUGAGGCGUGAGCACAGCGCCGGCCGUCGGAUUGCAACAGUAGCUCCCGCCGGCUUCCCACUGCGCGGCCCAGGAGCCGGGGCCGUGGCCAGAGACGCGUUUCAUCAUCCACGUGGCUCGUUGCCUCUGCAUCUCGCCCUGUCCUGUCAUCUGUCCCUGCCAGGGCACUGCCGUCACUCAGCUCUCGUGUGCCCUGCGUCCCACCCAAAGCGGGCUGGGCGGGCAGGCGCUCUUCCGUUCUCCUCCACAAUCUACUGUUUAAGAGUGUACACGUUGCGCUGUUUGUGUCUGACCCCCCUGACUUGUAGCCAGCUUGUGUAAGAUCCCUUGCAGAAUGAGAAAGUUCAAAAACAAAACCCCACCCAGUACUCACACCAUCAAGUCUGUUAGAGAGUGUACGACUGUAUUAACACGGAGGCCUGCCUGGCUACUUUUUUAACAUAUUGUUAAGUAAUAUUAAAAUCAUGUCUUUCUUUUUGAAAGAUGGAAUACAUUAGUACAGCAGAAGACCUCGUCUGG